CUGAGGGACACCCCAAAACCCCAGUGCCACUGGGGACCCCUUGCCAAGCCCAUGGAUACCCCCAAGUGCCAUCAGGGACCCCAUCCCAUGCUCCCCUCAAGGUCAUGGAUUCACCCAGCACCACCACAGACCCAUCCAAUGCCCCCCCCAAGCUCCUGGAUCCCCCAGCACCACUGGGCACCCCAAGGCGAGGCCCAGCCCAGCCCAUGGGUACCCCCCAGGGCCACUGGGGGCCUCAUCCCGAGCCCCUGAAACCCCCCAUUGCUAAGUUGGACACCAUCCCAUGACCCUCCAAGCCUAUGGAUGCUCCCAUUGCCACUGGGGACCCCUUCUCAUGCCAUUCUGAGCCCAGGGAUCCCCCCAGUGCCAUUGGACACCCCAUCCCCACCCCCCCCAAGCCCACAGAUCCUACCACCACCACCACGGACUCCAUCCCGUGCCCCUCCCAAGCCCCUGUGUGCCCCCCACCCCACUGGGGAUCCCAUCCCAGGCCCAGGGGUACCCCCAGUGCCAUCAGGAACCCCAUCCCAGGCCCAUGGGCACCCCCAGUGCCAUCAGGGACCCCAUCCCAGGCCCAUGGGUACCCCCAGUGCCAUCAGGGACCCCAUCCCAGGCCCAUGGGCACCCCCAGUGCCAUCAGGGACCCCAUCCCAGGCCCAUGGGUACCCCCAGUGCCAUCAGGGACCCCAUCCCAGCCCCAUGGGCACCCAUUGGUGCUUCUGGGACCCCUAUCCAAGCUCCCCCGUUCCUGUGGGUGCCCUUCCGCACCAGGACCCCCCCGAGCCCCCAGUGUGGGGGUCUCACACGGUGACCACGCCCCUCGGUCAAACCACGCCCCUUUCCGCGGGGCCCCGCCCCCAGCCCCGUGCGGGUCCUCCAGGAUGCCGGGUCCGCUAGGGGGCGCCUGUAGCGGCGGCAGCCGCUCCGCGCCGCGCUCUGUCGCCCCGUGACGUCACUUCCGGAGGCGCGGAGGCGAGGCGGCGCCCUGCCGGCAGCACCAUGUCCUCCGAGUCCAGCAAGAAGAGGAAGCCCAAGGUGAUCCGCACGGACGGGGUCCCAGCCGAGGGCAAGCGGGGCAAGGGCGACACGGAGCAGGUACAGACGUGCCCAGGGCCCUGCCCACACCCCUCUGUGCUGGCCCGGCGUUCCCUGCUGGAAAACAAUGCCCACAGCAGCUGUGGCUGCCCCAUCCUGGCAGUGUCCCAGGCCAGGAUGGACACUGGGGCUUGGAGAGAGCUGGGACAGUGGAAGGUGUCCCUCCCUAUGGGACUGGAUGGGCUUCAAAGCCCUGCCUUCCCACCCAAACCAUUCUGGAAUUCCAUGAAUUGUGAGAUCCACUUCCCCCAGCUUCCAAUGCCUCUUAUACUCCCACUGUGAAUUCCUAAACCUGCUUCCAUCUCUUUCAGGAGACACAAACACUCCUCUGGAGAGUGAGCCCAAAGCUGGAAGAUCCCUCUGGGAUUUGCAUGGUGCCUUCAAACCCUCCCGUGAGCAGCAGGAUAGUGUAGGAUCAGCCAGAGUGGGGAGUGGGGUGGACAAGGAGGAGGAAUCACCUUUCUGGAUUGUCCUCUGUGGUCGUGUAGAUCAUGGAAUAUCCUGAGUUGGAAGGGAUCCACAAGGAUCCUCCAGUCCAGCUCCUGGCCCUGCACAGGACAGCCCAACAGUGUCAAUUAAAAUUUAUAACAAUUAAAGACAGCCUGAACUCGCCAGGUGUUUUAGUGGCUGGUGGGUUUGGGAUUGCUGGAACAGUCCUGUGUAAAGCCAUGGGACUGAUGGGCAGAGGCAGAAAUGGCAGCUUGUCCCCCAGAGGCCUUUCCAGAGGGAGGGAUGAGCCACGGGAGGUGUUCUUGCCUUGGCAGGAUGUCAGGUACUACAGCGAGGAGAGCGAGGUGGAUCUGCGGGACCCCAUCAAGGACUACGAGCUCUACAGGGAGACCUGCCAGGAGCUCCAGAGGCUCAUGGCAGAGAUCCAGGAGCUGAAGAGUCGGGGCAUCAAGGAAAAUGCCGCGGAGAUCGACGAGCGGCGCGUGCAGAGCUGCGUCCACUUCAUGACCCUGAAGAAGCUGAACCGCCUGGCCCACAUCCGCCUGAAGAAGGGCAGGGACCAGACCCACGAGGCAAAGCAGAAGGUCGAUGCCUAUCACCUGCAGCUGCAGAACCUGCUCUACGAGGUGAUGCACCUGCAGAAGGAGAUCACCAAGUGCCUGGAAUUCAAAUCCAAACACGAGGAGAUCGAGCUGGUGAGUCUGGAGGAGUUCUACAAAGAGGCCCCCCCUGAAAUCAGCCGCCCUGCCAUCACCCUGAGCGAGCCCCACCAGCAGACCCUGGCCCGCCUGGACUGGGAGCUGGAGCAGCGCAAGAGGCUGGCAGAGAAAUACAAGGAGUGCCUGACCAGCAAGGAAAAGAUCCUGAAGGAGAUCGAGGUGAAGAAGGAAUAUCUGAGCAGCCUCCAGCCUCGACUCAACAGCAUCAUGCAGGCCUCCCUGCCUGUGCAGGAGUACCUGUUCAUGCCCUUCGACCAGGCUCACAAGCAGUACGAGACCGCCCGGCACCUCCCGCCGCCUCUCUACGUCCUCUUCGUCCAAGCCAGUGCCUACGGACAGGCCUGUGAUAAGAAGCUGGUGGUGGCCAUUGAAGGGAGUGUGGAGGAAGCCAAGGCCCUUUAUAAACCACCCGAGGACUCACAGGAUGAUGAGAGCGAUUCCGACGCAGAGGAGGAGCAAACCACGAAGCGGCGCAGGCCCACCCUGGGUGUGCAGCUGGAUGACAAACGCAAGGAGAUGCUGAAGAGACACCCCUUGUCUGUCACCCUGGACCUGAAGUGCAAAGAUGAGAAUGUGCUUCACCUGACCUUCCACUACCUGAUGAACCUCAAUGUCAUGACAGUGAAAGCCAAGGUGACCACUGCCAUGGAGAUGACCACGGCCAUCAGUGCGGGGGACCUGCUCUCCCCAGACUCCCUCCUCAACUGCCUCUAUCCAGGGGACCACGGGAGGAAAACGCCCAACCCAGCCAACCAGUUCCAGUUUGAUAAAGUGGGCAUCCUGACCCUGAGUGACUACGUGACAGAGCUGGGACACCCCUACGUGUGGGUGCAGAAGCUGGGCGGCCUGCACUUCCCCAAGGAUCAGCCUCAGCACACGGUGGCUGCUGACAAUUCCCUGAGUGCCAGCCACAUGGAGCUGACAGUGAAGCUGCUCCGGAGCCGCCUGCAGUCCCGCCUGGCCCUGCACAAGCAGUUUGCAUCCCUGGAGCACGGAGUUGUGCCAGUGUCCAGCGAGUGCCAGCAGCUCUUCCCCACCAAAAUCGUCUCACGCCUGGUGAAGUGGACUGCCAUUCCCUAUGAGGAUUAUGCUGAGCUGCCCUACACUAAGGAUGUGAUAGAGGCUGGCUUGGCUGAAGACACUCACCUCUACUACAUGGCCCUGAUAGAGAGGGGAACAGCCAAGCUGCAGGCAGCUGUGGUGCUGAACCCUGGUUAUUCCACGCUGCCUCCUGUCUUCAGCCUGUGCCUGAACUGGAAGGGAGAGCGGAACAGCAGCAACGACGACAACAUUCGGGCCAUGGAGAGCGAGGUCAAUGUCUACUACAAGGAGCUGUGGGGGCCCAAGCCUGGCUACCAGCUGCUCACCAACCAGCUGCAGCGCCUGUGCAUGGUGCUGGACGUGUACCUGGAGACAGAGCCCCACGAUCCCAGCGUGGAGGGGCCCAAGGAGUUCCCCCAGGAGAAGAUGUGUCUGCGCCUGGUCAGGGGCCCCCUGCGCCUGAAACCCUUCAAGUUCAACUACCCCCAGGGGUUCUUCAGCCAUCGCUGAGCAGCCCUGGGGUGGGACUUGUUCACUCUGUGGCAGGAGUGUUCCUAUCCUGACAUUUCUGCUUCUUUUACAAUAUUUUGGGGUUGGUUUGAAGGUUUUGUAGUCAAAGGGAUUAAACUGAGCUAAAGAAAAAA